AGUACAUCGAUAUAAUUUAAUAUUUGCAUGUUGCUUUGUAAGCAAUUGUCCGCAUUGUUUUUUUAAUUUUUGUGUAUUGUACGUUUUACAUUUGUUUUAGUUUGUAAUGUUGCCGAAGACGCCAAAACCUGCACUUUGGAGAUUCAUCAAGAAUAGCGCCAAGACAUUAUUUGUACUGGAGGCCGUAUGUUUUGCUGCCAGUUACGGACUCUACUACCGCAUGAACACAGAUCAAGAUUUUCGCCGGUACAUUAACGAAAAAUAUCCCUACGCUCUUGAGUAUUACUAUAAAAUAGGUGAAAUUGUUGGCGACAGUAAGGUACGAGAAGUAGAUGCAAAUUAUUGGGCGACAACAGCGGAGCAAUUCAAAAAGGAAUAAACAGAAAUAUA